AUGAUAGCGUCAGAUUCUUGUUCUUGGUUGAUAGAUGUGGAAUCUGAGCGUACAGAGUGUACAGGUGUUCCGAAUAAAGUGGCCGGUAAGAGGAAGGGCACAGCAAACGCUCGCAUGCCAGAGAAGCUGUGCUGGAUGAGACGGAUGCGGGUUCUGCGCAGGUUGCUCACACGCUACCGAGACGGCAAGAAGAUCGACAGACACAUGUACCACAUCCUGUAUUUAAAGGUAAAGGGAAACGUGUUCAAGAACAAGCGGCUCCUGAUGGAACAUGUUCACAAGCUCAAAGCCGACCUGGCUCGCAAGAAACUCCUGGCUCACCAAGGAGAAGCUCGUCGCUUAAAAACGAGAGAGGCUCGUAAAUGGCGAGAAGAAAGACUUCAGGCCAAGAAGGAAGAGAACCCAUCCAAAGAAAAUGAAACCAAUCCAAAAAAUAAGUUUUGCUUUCUUUCUACAUGGGUGUGUGUGGAUCACAACCAGAAGUAA